UUCUGGAUAUUGUGUUGUUUCCUUAGAUCCAGCACCAGCUAAAGGAAAGGAGCUUGUAUAAAUGUUUUUGUUUCUAAUAAAAAUAUCCAGGUUCCUUACCAGUAGCACAUAGAUAGGGUAGACAGUUGUAUGAAUAUUGUGGGUACAAAUGAAAGUAAUAGAAUUUAUGAGCUGACCAGCUUCAAGAAGGCCACAUGUCCAACUCCAUCAGCUUCCAGAAGCAAUUCUUCCUGCCCCCAGCUCCACAUAAAGGACUGAGAAGUCUAGGAAGAAGCGUAACAAUGUCUAUUGGUAGUCAGUGUAGUUUAGUGGUUAAUUGCUGCCAUUACUCAAUUAGUUUAUUAGAUUCAAGAAGAAUAAUCAGCCAACAAAUACUUAUUAACAUGGAGGAAACGCUGACCAUAAGAUGUUAGGUGCUGGGGAAUGCAGUGGGAAAACAAAAGAGUUUAAAGGCUGGAGGGGAAGAUAAACGGUCAGCAAGUUUUCAGAGUUUAUCAGAUAAAUGAAUUCAAGAGUGUGAAAUACCAUGGGCAAGAAAUACAAGGUGUCAACAGUAGAAACUGAAUACAUACACGCCUGUGGGCAUGUAUACCCAUCCACCCACAUAUAUACACAAGGAACAGAACUUGAAAUGAAUCUGUCUUUCCUCCACCUCAAGUGGCAGCUUUGUUAAUUCCUGCAAAGCAAUAUAAAUAGCAGCUUCUCUGAAAUUAUAUGCAUCCCUUUUCUGUUGCUGUUUAUUGAUGCCUGAGGAGGGCAAACAUGGGUUCUACUGAUGUCAGCAGGCAGAGUUGCUGCAGUAAAAUUUAUUCAAAAUGAGUGAUUGUUGUGGGUUCUGAUUUGAAUAGAUAAGCUGUAGAUGCAUUUAUGAAUUUGCAUGUCUGUUUACAUAAGCAAUAGACCAUGGUGGCUGAAAGUCCACCACUAGAGGCCGACUCUGGCUUCUGUUCUACAGUGGGUCCACUAGUUACUAGGUCUAUAACCUUGGAUAUACAUCUGUAAAGUGAAGAUAAAUAACCACAUUAACAACCUCAUAGUUUGCUGUGAGGAUUAAAUGAGUUAACACAUGCUAAGCCCUUGGAACAGUGCAGUGCCUGGCACAGAGUAAUUGCUCUACAAAUGUCAUACUGCUUUUGCUCUCCAAUCCCCCCGCCUUUUUUUUAGCCAACUAACUGAGCAGGAUAAUAUUGAAUCUCGUGGAUACAGGGGAAAUUUUUGUCAGCAGAAUACCAGAGAAAGAUUUAUUAAGUAUCACCAAGGGGGCCCAGGAAUUUAAUAACACAUUUGUUGUUUUUAGAGCUGAGUUUUUGUUAGAGUGUUAACUGAGAAAGAAAGUGUUUUCAGACGCAAAUGGAAUGUGACAUUUACUCUGGUAUUAUUAGCAUAUAGAGUAGUAAAAACAGUAGUUGAUAGUCUUCCUGCAUGUUAGCUUCCUUUAGACUUAUUUUCAAAAUAUACAUUUGGUUGGUCACAACAUAUCGUGUCCCACUUAACAUAGUUGAGACAAAUUAAGGAAAGAUGAUAGGGUAUGAAGAGCUGAUAGAAGCUUUUAAUAUGUGGAAAACCUCAGAAUAUAAACAUCUACAGUGUUAUUAAUAGGCAUAUCGUCAACAACAGUUUUUCAGACUUUGUGCUUCACUCUGGAGAAAAACAAGAGCAUCACAUCUUGAAUUUUUUCAUUGGGUAAUUAAAAAACCCAGUUAUAAUGUAACACCAGCUGAACAUAUCAUGUUAGUGGAGUUCAGCAUCAAUUAAAAUUAUUAACGAAACCCGUCAUAUGUUCCUUUUCAAAGCUGUUCAAGACAACUGUCCAAAUCAGCAAAACAGUAUGAAUAUUUAUUACCAUAAAUCUUUUAACUCUUUGGUUUUAACUCAUUUCAAAUUUUUAGUUCUACUCUAUUCAAAUAAAUUAUUAUAUAAUAGCUAAUACAUACCAAGAGCUUACUGCAUAAUCUAGCUGCUGUUCCAGACAGUAACUAAUGAGAAAACUGUAGAGAGUAGCUGCAGCUUUUAGUAAUACAACCUCAAGAAGAAAGUGGGGGCAGUACCGAAACUUACGUAUAGUACCGUCCUUAGUACAGCAUUGACACUGAUGGCCUCCUUCAGGAAAUACAAACCUGGUGAGGUUUUUAAUUACUAAUGCUAGAGAGUGGCGUUUUUCCGAGGACUAUGUUCCACUUGGUCUGUCUCUGAUGGCUAUUAACUAAUAAAACCGUUCUCAUUCUGCUGCUGUGGGAAGUAAGCAACAACGGAAAAGUAAGCGAUAAUCUUAGAGCAUAACUCAGAAGGCCAGAGCAGCCAAGGAGGUGGUAGAGUCCCGAGCCCCGCCUUCUCCACAGCCCCCCCAAAACCCCGCAGCGGGGCAGAGCGCCUGGCGGGGUGCCAGCGGCAGCCAGCGUUUCCCGCGGGGCGCCGGGGGCGGCCCCGGGACUGGAGGCGGCGCCUCGGGAGCUGUGUGUCUGGCGGCGGGCGGGCGUGCUCCGCCGGGGUCUUGGAGGCCGCUGGGCGCGUGCGCGGGCGGUUGCUACCUGCAGCCGAGCGAGGGAGCGAGAGGGCACCGAGAGCAGCUGGCUCGAGCAGCAUGAGGCCAGGAGUGGAGCGGUCCGUGGAAGGGGGUGCAUACGAUGGCGGCUCCGAAUUGGAGCUACUGAAGCUGCGCGCGGCGGAGUGCAUCGACGAGGCGGCCGAGCGGCUGGGGGCCCUGAGUCGCGCGAUCUGGAGCCAGCCCGAGCUGGCCUACGAGGAGCACCAUGCCCACCGCGUGCUGACGCACUUCUUCGAGCGGGAGCCGCCAGCCGCCUCCUGGGAAGUGCAGCCGCAUUACCAGCUGCCCACGGCCUUCCGCGCCGAGUGGGAGCCGCAGGAGGCCCGGGCGCCGAGCGCCGCGCCACGCCCGCUGCACCUGGGCUUCCUCUGCGAGUACGACGCGCUGCCUGGCAUCGGCCACGCCUGCGGCCACAACCUCAUCGCCGAGGUCGGGGCGGCGGCCGCGCUGGGCGUGAAGGGGGCCCUGGAGGGCCUCCCCAGGCCGCCUCCGCCGGUGAAGGUAAUUGUCCUGGGAACCCCUGCAGAAGAAGAUGGUGGUGGCAAAAUUGAUUUAAUUGAAGCAGGGGCUUUUACAAAUCUUGAUGUUGUUUUUAUGGCCCAUCCAUCACAAGAGAAUGCUGCUUAUCUACCAGAUAUGGCUGAACAUGAUGUGACUGUGAAAUACUAUGGAAAAGCAUCUCAUUCUGCUGCUUAUCCCUGGGAAGGAUUAAAUGCAUUAGAUGCUGCUGUGCUGGCCUAUAACAAUGUGUCUGUGUUCAGACAGCAAAUGAAACCAACCUGGAGAGUUCAUGGUAUAAUAAAAAAUGGUGGUGUAAAACCCAAUAUCAUUCCCUCUUAUUCUGAAUUAAUCUAUUACUUCCGUGCACCUUCAAUGAAAGAACUUCAAGUUUUGACCAAAAAGGCAGAAGAUUGCUUCAGAGCUGCAGCUUUGGCUUCAGGGUGCACAGUGGAAAUUAAAAGUGGAGGACAUGAUUAUUACAAUGUCCUUCCCAAUAAGAGCCUAUGGAAAGCCUAUAUGGAAAAUGGAAGAAAACUAGGAAUAGAGUUCAUUUCAGAAGAUACAAUGUUGAAUGGCCCUUCAGGAUCUACGGAUUUUGGAAAUGUUACUUUUGUGGUUCCUGGAAUUCAUCCAUAUUUUCACAUUGGAUCUAAUGCCUUGAAUCACACUGAACAGUACACUGAAGCUGCUGGGUCACAGGAAGCUCAGUUCUACACUUUGCGGACGGCCAAAGCCCUGGCAAUGACAGCACUGGAUGUUAUUUUUAAACCAGAGUUACUGGAAAGAAUCAGAGAGGACUUUAAACUGAAACUUCAAGAAGAACAGUUUGUAAAUGCAGUAGAAUAGAAGGAAGACUUAGGGACCGCUUAUAAAUCAAGAAGAUAUGAUGAUUUUUUUUCUUUUAAUCUCUUUUAAUGAAGGCAUGCUUGUUUUUUAAUCUUAAAGGAGUCAAAUUCUUUUUACCUGAUAAGUGAGGACAGGGUGUGGAGAAAACAUAUUACCUCAUAUCUGAAGUGAAAAUUUUUGCAAAUCUGUACUGGAUGGGAUUAUGAUAUUACAGGAGCUGGUGUGUAAUGCCAUUUCUUUUCUUUCCCCCGCAACCACUCUCCUUCACAGUAGUGAUACCAUUUCUUAAACUACCUGGAGGAUACAUGGCAUCAUUUUAAUAAAAUAUUUUAAUAAAUCUUUUUAUAAGCCUUACAUGUUGUCUGUAUUCUUAAAAGCUUAAGAGAUUUCAAACCUUGUAUUCAGAAUUGACACCUAUGAGAGUGUUUUGUGGUAUAGGGUGGUAAACUUGUUCUCUAAUCGUGUAUUAUUCCUCUACCAGAUUGUAUAUUUGAAGCCAGUAUCUUUCUUUUUUUUUGUUUUAAGACAGAGUCUCGCUCUGUUGCCUAGGCUGAAGUAUAGUAACAUGAUCUCGGCUCACUGCAACCUCUGCCUCCCAGGUUCAAGUGAUUGUCUUGCCUCAGCCUCCCGAGUAGCUGGGAUUACAGGUGUGUGGCGCCAUGCCCAGCUAAUUUUUGUAUUUUCAGUAGAGACGGCAUUUCACCAUGUUGGCCAGGCUAGUCUUGAACUCCUGACCUCAGGUGAUGCACCCGCUUUGGCCUCCUGAAGUGCUGGGAUUACAGGCAUGAGCCACCACACCCGGCCUGCCAGUGUCUUUUUAAUACACACGUGUGUUGGUAUUUUUAAAUUGUUACAGUGUCUAGCAUAUUGCUUACUCUGAAUAUUCAGUACUUUUUGAAUAAGCAAAUAUUGCUUCCUUGCUUGGAAUCAUCAAAGUUUAAAGUAGCUUCGUGGAUGGACCAUGAUCCUAAGAUGAGUUUUAAUUGUGAUUAUAGUCAUCUCUUGUACAGCCUGGAGAAGAAAAGAUAUACUUACUACUUUGCUUUGGGUACACAUAAGAAAACCUCUUUUUAAAAAAACUUUUUAUUUUUUUACAUAAUAGAGACAGGGGCUCACUAUAUCUUCCCGGCUGGUCUCAAACUCCUGGGCUCAAGCAAUCCUCCUGUCUUGGCCUCCCAAAGUGUUGGGAUUUCAGGUAUGAGACACCACACCUGCCCAUUUUUGUUUUGUUUUUUAAUGGGCAGGUUCUUACUCUGUUUCCCAGGCUAGAGUGCAGUGGUGUAAUCACAGCGCACUGCAGCCUCGAACUCCUGGAGUCAAGCAGUCCUCCCACCUCAACCUCUUAAAGCACUGGGAUUACAGGCUUGAGGCACUGCACCUGGCCCUGACUCAUUUUUUAAAAAGGUUAGGCUGACUUAGUGCAAAGUUUAAAAUUAUACGAUUCUUAAAAUGCGGAAUUAGUUUCUAACCUAAACUAGAGGUAUAGGUGGACCUGCUUGAGAUAUCUUUUGUUUUUAUGGAACAUUUUUAUGACACGCCUUUAUAGUUUUUCAUUGUUCAUGCCCUGUACUGAAACCUUUUUCUCAAAUACCAACUCUUGGCUGUGUUGAAUUUAUAGACUUUAAAAGAUAUUAUCUAAAUUAAUGGUUUAAAUAUACAAAUUGAGAAUAUUUUCUUUUUAGUGAUAAUUUUAAAAGCGGGCCUUAAUAUGGGACCUGCUUUUAAAGUAAAAUAAUUAUGUGGUACUAUGAAUUACUAAAUUGCUAUAUACCAUGUAAUAGUGAGUAUAGCUAAUAUUUAGUAUGCCUUUUCAAAAUUUUGGACUGCCUUUCAGUUUUAACAGAUUCUCCACAUUAUGUGAACUACUCAAGAAAUUUUCCCUUUUUAAUUGUCUCUAUAACACUCAUAAGAGCUAGGGCAUUAGGAUAAACUAGAAUAUUUUAUGUUUAUGAAUACUUGUAUACACUUAAAAGUGUUUUGAUCUCCCACAAUUUCCCAAAGGAAUGUUUAUUUAUUAAGAGUUGUAUUGAUAUUUUAACGGUUACAAUUUCAGCAGUUGAGUUCAGUGAACAUUGGUUGAGGAGUGCAUAUUUCUAAGCACUGGGUGUAAGAAGGAAAGAUACUGCAAGAGGAAGAACUAAGAUUAACAUAAUUUCUUUAGUUUUUCUAUUGCUUGUUAUGUAAAAACUGGGUGGCAGUUCAGAAGGAAGAUUGUUGUAACAGAAGAGUGACAACCAAGAAUUUUUUGAUCAUUAAAUCAGAUUUUGUAAACAGUGGCAGGAACAUGGACUUAAAACAAGGCUUGCUUAUUUGGUUUUGUCAAAAUUUUAUGAAAAUAUGUGAUAUAUAUUUAUACUAAAACUAUAUAAUCCUUAGAUUUAGAAAAGCAAUCAGUUAAUGUCUUUAGCACACUAAAGCAGUAUUAAACACAGGUACAAGUUGGAAAUUGUAGAAAACUGAAAGAAAACAAAAGACAAAAUGUGUGUGGUAGGGAAUUAAAGAGUUUAAGAUAUCAUAUAAAAUUACGUGUAUUUUCUUCUCUUUUACAUAAAUCAUUUGUGAAAAGUGUGCUCAACUUUUUUACAAGAGUGAUAUUAAUUAGGAUUUGUUUUUCAAUAUAAUUUGGAGACCCUUGGUUAUCCAAAUAAAAAUGAUGAGUCUCUGUGCCUGUUUAAAAAAAAAAAAGAAAGAAAAGACAGUGUGUGUGCCCCAGAAAGCUUGUGGUGGGUAGUAAGUUCUUACGAGAUUUAUUCAUCUGAGCAACGCUGGGACUGAGGGAACAUCUGAAAGCUACCAUCUUGAAAAUUUUUGAGGAAGUGUUUCUGAAAUAUUUAAAAAUACUUCAGUCACUUUAGUCAUUUUGAACAGCAGAAAUUGAUGCAAAAAGUUUUUUUUUUUUAAGGAUGAUUGUCUAAUUUUAUAAUAUGUUCUUUUUUAAAAACCUGUCUGAUGGUGUUUUAUACAUUUCUAACUUUUUACCUGAAUUACCUCUUUAGUCUUUUGGAAAAUAUCCUACAUAAGACUAACCUUUAAAACUAUCAGAUUUUUGUUGUAAGAUAAAUGUUAUCUUUGUACUAGAUAGCAACUCUUUAUAAGGUUGUAAGGUAUGAUAAACUGCUUCUUUAUUACAUACUUCAUAGCAAGCAUUUUGCAGUCCAAUUAUAUAGUUGAGGAUGGUGUAUUUUGGUAUAUAUGAAAAUAUUUUCAAGUAAGCAGUCUACUACCAUCAGAUUAUAAGCUUUUUUGUAAUAUUUUAAUAGGUACAUAAAAUAUGUAUGAAAAAUCUAUAAUAAACAUGUUUAUCUGAUA